AUGGCGGCAGCAGCAGACGACGAUUACAUCUCCAGAACGGCGGCCUACCGUCUCAUGAGCGGCAUGGCGGCGGCGCUCGCCGACGCGCACGAGAGCGAGGUGGCACGUCUCAAGGCCGCAAGCCAGCAGCAGCUGCAGCAGCAAGAGGCGCAGCACGCACAGCAAUACGCACAGCUGCAACGCGCCCUUGAGGCUGAGCGGCGACUGCGUCUGCGGCAGACGGACCGGGCUGUUGAGGCGCAGGGUGGCUUCCGCGUGCACGUGGUGGCCAGGCCGUGUGAUGAUGUUGAGGAUGAUGCUGCGGACCGCCACGACUUCAGCGACCACGGCGUGACAAUACGUGACAGCCGCAGCACCUAUUGCUUCAACAACCUCGAAUACGUCCAUCCGCCCACGCCCUCAGCCCCAGCCGUCAUCUGGCGCGAGUGCGAGCCCUUUGUGGACGGCGUGGCCAUGCAGCCGCCGCGCCAUGUGCUGCUGCUGGCCCACGGCCGCACCGGCUCCGGCAAGACGCACCUGAUGGCGCAGAAUCUGGUGCCGCACACGCUGGCCCGCCUAUUCCACCUCAAGCAGCUGUACGAACAGCAGGGCGACGUUGUGGCCAUUGAAGCGCGCCAGGUCGACAUCUACCAUGGGCGCGUCUACGACGCCGACGGCUGCGAGCUCGCCUACCACCAGCAACCUAGCCCGCGCGCUAAUGGCACCGCCACCCCUGCCAACGCCUCCCCCGCCAACGCCUCCCCCGCAAUCUCGUUUGAGCCCUUCCGCGUGACGGGCCGCCACGCCGCCGGAACUGGCCCUCACAACCCCCGCACGCCUCUGCACGACCUGGCCCACGCCACUGCCACACUUGCUGACAUGGCCGCCCAGCGUGACAGCCGGUCGCGGUCGACGAGCGGCAAUGCCCAGUCAAGCCGCAGCCACCUCGUCGUCGCCCUUUUCAUGCGCACCACGCGCGCAGCCACGGGCGAGACCACCGAAGGCUCUGUCCACCUUGUCGACCUGGCUGGCAACGAAAUCAACAACCUGGACAGCGCGGCAGAGCGCGAACGUGUACACAACGACAACGGCCUGCCCGCUCCAACAGGCAUCUGGUAA